CGGCGAUGUCAUCGCCAGGUACCGAACACAUAGUCAAACAUUCACUGAACCACCGGACGAUUCACGCGCUCCUCCCACGAUGGAAGUUUGGGAUUCCCGGUGACACAGACAUCCCAGACGCGUAUUCGAAUUCCCCGGUUCCCAGCAUUGCGCCUUGCUUCAGCAGCUGCCUACAGACGGCCUACCACAUCGCAUAGCCCAUCCAACAUGAACCCACACAUAUCGCUCCCAAGGCCAACAGGCGGCCCGUCGAACUUUGGAUCGACCCCAUCGUCACGGCGGAAUGAGGUCAAGAUGCCGCGUUUCUUCAAGCGCAUGUUCAAGUUUCCACAGAUGGACUUUGAGAUGGCCAUAUGGGAGAUCAUGAGCCUAAUAAUAGCACCCAAGAAGGUGUUCCGACAAAUCUACUAUCAUAAACAAACCACCAAGACAUACCACCGCCCCGACCCAUCAUUCACAUACCUACUCUCCUUCUUCCUCACUCUCACAUCACUUGCGUGGGGCUUCGCAUACGCCGAUGGCUUUACACAGACCCUUCAUAUUACCAUGGUCUUCAUAUUUGGGCACUUUUUGGUGCUAUCACUGUUGAUCGCAACGCUGUUCUUCUUCCUAGUCGGCCGGUUAUUGGGUCCGGACAACACAUUGCUACCUGGGCGACGGAGAGGACUAUACAACUUGGGAGAAGACUCAGGCAAGGAAGAGCUGGAGUUUGGUUACUGCUGGGAUGUCGCCAUCAGAGCGUUUGUGCCAGUCUGGGUGUUUCUCUACGUUGUGCAGUUCAUAUGCAUGCCAUUGAUUGGCACUCACCACUGGUUCUCACUGCUGCUUUCGAACACACUCUACCUGCUCGCGCUAAAUUACUACUUCAUCAUCACGUUUUUGGGCUACAAGGAAUUGCCCUUCCUACACCAUACCGAGCUCCUUCUAGUUCCGGUAGCUGUUAUGGCAAUACUCUGGUUUGCGUCCCUCUUCGGUUUCAACAUGUCGACACACUUCGCGCCAGUAUUAUGGACCGGCGCCAAGUUGCGGAAACACGUCUGAUGCUAUGCGCAGGGGAGGAAUGUAGGGGAUGCACAUGUAGAGGGAAAUCAAAAACACGGCGCAACACAGCAUUGAUUGCACAAGGACUUCUGGAAUUAGGGUUGUUCAAUGCCGGAAUACAAAUGAUUCUAGCGAAGAAGUGAACCAUCUUAGAUACAUAGCGAGCGUGCACUGAAUACCGUCCAAUGCCAUAACAAUCAGCGUAUCAAUAUAUAUACAUUCAUGGAUCUACAUAUAUAUACACGAUGAAGGGUAACCCUCAAUCCCCUCAAUCAUC